UUGCAGAUGGUGUGGGCCAGGACAUAUGCUGUUGGUUGUGGAGCUUUCAGAUGUGCUGAACUCGAAGGAGCUGAAGAUGCCAAUGAAAAUGCACUUUUCCUUGUUUGCUACUAUGGACCUGGGUCAGUUACAAGCAUCAGUAUUCAUCUUGUGAUAAAACGCUCUCUCCAUACUUUCCACAGUGGGAACUUUGCUCUAGAGCCUGCCUAUACCACUGGCUCCAAACCCUGUGAAAGCUGUCCCUACACACACAAGUACUGCACCAACAACCUCUGCUCUGAGUCAGGAGCUCCCAUCACUGGUCCCAUCUCCCUACUGGGAUUGCUGGUUGUGGCUGUCGCAGCUCUGACUGCCCACUUCUAG